GAGGGGAGAAAAAAAUCCGUGCAGCCAUUGCAUGCAUAUGUUCACAGCUGAGCUGAAACAGUCUACACGUUGAACGUGCGGGGGAGCAAAUACAGUGGGAGAAAUUCACCAGUUCUUCAGCCUCUACUGUCUGCCAAACUUACGGCUAUGGCAAAGGAAGGUGUAGAGAAAGCAGAGGAGACGGAGCAUAUGAUAGAAAAGGAUGGAGGCAAGGAUCAGGAAAGUGUGCUGACGACUGCAGGGGACACCAAGGAGAUGCGUGCCGUGGUCCUCGCUGGGUUUGGGGGGCUCAACAAGCUCAGGGUAACCAAGAAGGUGAUGCCGGAGCCUCUGGAGGGGGAAGUCAAAAUCCGAGUUAAAGCCUGUGGCCUGAACUUUUUAGACUUGAUGGUUCGACAAGGAAAUAUCGAUAACCCACCAAGGACUCCUCUUGUUCCUGGAUUUGAAUGCUCUGGGAUUGUUGAAGCUCUAGGAGAAAACACUAAAGGAUUUGAGAUUGGGGAUCGGGUCAUGGCCUUUGUGAAUUAUAAUGCCUGGGCGGAAGUUGUGUGCACUCCCCUGGAGUUUGUCUAUAAGAUCCCGGAUGACAUGACUUUCCCAGAGGCUGCUGCCUUCUCUAUGAACUUCGUUGCUGCCUACAUGAUGCUGUUCGAAGUUGCCAAUCUGCGGGAGGGGAUGUCUGUGUUGGUCCACUCAGCCGGAGGAGGGAUGGGUCAAGCUGUCGCUCAGCUCUGCUCCACUGUUCCCAAUGUCACAGUCUUUGGAACAGCCUCACCCUUCAAGCAUGAAGCCAUCAAGGAUUCCGUCACUCAUCUCUUUGACAGAAACGUUGAUUAUGUCCAAGAAGUUAAAAAAAUAUCCCCAGAAGGAGUAGAUAUUGUCCUGGAUUGUUUAUGUGGAGAGAACACAGGCAAAGGUCUUGGUCUUCUUAAACCACUGGGAACUUAUAUCUUGUAUGGUUCAUCAAACAUGGUUACUGGGGAAACAAAAAGCUUUUUCAGUUUGGCUAAAUCUUGGUGGCAGGUGGAGAAGGUGAAUCCUAUAAAACUCUAUGAUGAGAAUAAAGUGAUUGCUGGAUUUUCACUGCUAAACCUUCUUUUCAAACAAGGCAGAAGCAGCCUGAUAAAGAUAGUGGUGGACAAACUAAUUUCCCUCUACAAUGCAAGGAAGAUCAAACCACUAGUAGAUUCAUUAUGGGCCCUGGAGGAGGUAAAAGAGGCAAUGCAGAGGAUCCACGACAGGGGCAACAUAGGAAAGCUGAUACUGGAUGUGGAGAAGUCUCCUACUCCCCUGAUGGCCAAUGACAGCACAGAGACGAGUGAGGCAGGAGAGGAGGAGGAGGAGGAGGACCAGGAGGGGGACACCGACAAGGAAAGGAUGCCUUUUAUCCAGUAGCUCUACAGGGAGGUCAUGCACUGAAGAGAGUGAGGGGGCGGAAUAAGGAGGAGGAGAAGGAGAAGGAAAGAUUGAGAGACCCGGGACCUGCCUUGACCAUCAGUGAACAAAUGCUGUAGUACAGUGUGUGUUGUUGUAUUUGUCUGCCAGUCAGCUGAGCUGUACACUGUUGGAAAACUAACUGUGGCUUGUCGAACAACUGAAGUGCCAUUCCCAGUGCAGUAUUAUUUAGUAUUGCUGAGUGAACCGUUGUUCCCAAAUGCUUUGUCUUGUUUACAGCCUUUCCCGGGGGCUAUUGUUAUGUGUGACAUAUUUUCGGAGCAUUCCCGAUUUUAUUUAAAAAAAAAGAGAAAAAAAACAAAAGGAAAGGAAAGAAAACCACUUUGCUGCUUCUCUCUCAUUUACUCUAGCUAGAGCGUUGUUCCCUAUCCUGUAUUUUUCUAUUAAAAGUUGUAAUAUUAGUAAAACUCUCUAGUAAGUGAUAUAUAAUAUAAACGGUCUAAUAGCAACCUUAUUUAAUUUGCAUGCCACAUGCAGUGUUUGAAAUGUCAUUUUAAUUGCUAUUUUACAUUGAGUGGGUCCAUGAAUUCAUUAUCUCUUAACACUGCAUUUAGCUGGCUGUGAGAUUGUCUAGAGAAUCCCAAGUAAACAGCCUUCAUUAUUCCUUACACAUCAUAUGAGAAUAGAACCUUACAACUCUGGCAGAGUGGACAGAUUCAGAGAACAAUUAUAGUAAGUCAAUAUUGGAGAAACCACUCAGAAUUAUUGCAAUCAUCAUAAAAUGUAAAGGGUAACAAAAAAGCAAAUAAAAGGACACUCUUUGCUUCUUUAAAUUGAGCCAGAUUAAAUUUAAAAAAUGCAGUGCCACUACAGAUACUGUAGCAACUCUUAAGUGCCAUUAUACACAUAUCUCUAUAGACAAUAAACAUGUCAGUAGCAGUGCUGCAAUUUUCAUGUACAAAUGAAUCACAUUAAAGCAAAAUUGCAUCCAACAGGGAAAUAUUGUUAAAAAUAAAAAUAUUAAUGUUCUCCUCAUAGCAGGAAUGGCAUGAUAAAAGUCAAAUGAGUCAAGGACCAUUUUAUCUUUUAAGAACACUUAGGUUAUAGUAAUUUAAUACAAAGAAAAACAAAGCUGAGAUGCAUAUUGAGAGAAAAAACACUGUCUUAUUAGAUUCAGAAUUUCUUUUCUGUCAGCUCACUAAGUGUAGAAUGAUAUAACAUUUUAUUUGAUAUAGCAGCACCAUUCUAGUUUACUUGUUUUAACAGGGCUAAUUCAAUCUAUAUAUUAUAACAUAACAGAUUUUUUUUUUUUUGUAAGCACUGCAAUUAAAUUUUUUUAAAUGAAUGUUUUGGUUUCAUCAAUAUUCACUUUCUAAUCACUCAUUCCACAACUCCAUAAUAACAAAACGAAAUGGAUAAGAAACAUAUAAAUUUGACAGGAACUAUUCCUGCAAAAAGGCCAGAAUUCAAAGGCAGACCCUUAAAAGUGUGACUCACCUGCUUACAGUAUGUUUAUAUGAAUGGAUUAAAGCAAGUGAUUUAUAUUUUAAUAAAAAUGUAUGCCUUUCGAUUCAACAGUGCCUGUGGAAUGUGGGGGCAAUUAUCUCUGCUAAACGAGAAGCAGAAACAGCAAAGUGGCUAAAAAUGAUAUCUACUGAUAUUUUACAUUUUGAUGGUUCUGUGUGUGAGUUAAGUGGACUUCACCUGCCAGUGCCUGUUCUGUGUGUGUGUUUGUGUGAUACAUCACAACCGAGUGCCAAUAAGCAGGACCUCUUUAGAGAAAUUCAAUUAUGGAUCCACUUGAAAGUCCAGCUCAGUGACAGUAUUAAAAUGGCUGAAUACAUUUUUAACUGCUAAAAUACAAGUCUUGUUCACCAUUAGGUAUUGUUAUCCCUACUGGCAAAAGAUGGUAUUGAAGCUUCCCCACAGACAAUCCCAAUGCAUGCUUUCUCUAGCUGUAGUGCCCAGCAGACAGUUCAGAUAUAAUCCUAACCAAAGCAGCAGUAUGCACUCAAUAAUGAGCAUUGCUGCAAACUGCAGGAUAUUACAUUGAGACAGGGUGCUGGAAAUGUACUGACACACUGUUUCAAGGGCAUUCCAGUGUUGCUUUAGUUAGUAUGAAAUUGCACAAAACAAUUUGCACAGCAGUUUGAAAAACAGAUAAGAGUUGACUACAGCACUUAGCACAGCCUUAUGAAAGUCUCAUAUUAAAAGUAUAGCAAAGUGUGAUAAAGCAUGGUGAAAGCAUGGUAAAGAAUAGGGAGGUAUGGUGGAGCAUAUAAUAU